AUAUGAAUGAUUAAUAUCUGAGGGAGGGAGGGAAGGGCAGGCACCUCUACUAUCACUCUCUGAUUUUUGAAGGACGCCUCACGACCAAUAUAUACAUACAUCGCAUUGCAUUCAACCUUUACCCUACCUAGAUCUAUUUCCAUUUCUUCACUAGGGUUUGUUGUUGAUUUCCAAGAACACCAGACCCUAGCUCAUUUCUAUUUUGUUUUUGUUUUUCCUCCCAAACAAGGGGAUUUUUCGCUCGGAAAUUAAUUAUCAGGCAUGGGAAUAUUAAUAAUGGACGGCGGAUUACAAGUUUCUGAUGAAUUGUUGGGGACAUUUGCUCCCAUAGUUUUGUACUGGGUGUAUUCAGGGAUCUAUAUGAUGCUGGGAUCAAUGGAGAGUUACAGGCUGCAUUCCAGGAAGGAUGAAGAUGAGAAGAAUUUGGUGCCUAAAAAAGAUGUGGUUAUAGGGGUCCUCCUUCAGCAGGCUGUUCAAGCUAUUGUUGCCACCAUCCUCUUUGCGGUUUCUUCCAAAUGUUUGAAGCAUUCAUAAGCAUUUUGACAGUAUGGCUGGUGGGAAUCAAUCCUCAUAAAGUUGUUGCUAGACAUUUUUCACAAGACUUGGUUGGAUGUUGAGCUUAUCAAGAGUCUUCUGGAAGCUAACCUCGUGUGCCAACCCGGUUACUGGAAGCGACUGUGAAUCUGCAGAAGCUCAGCAGAUUUCCCUUGUUGUUCUUGGUAGACAAUUCUUUGUUGCGAUGAUGGUACUGGAUACCUGGCAGUAUUUCAUGCACCGGUAUAUGCACCACAACAAGUUCUUGUACAGGCAUGUCCAUUCACAACAUCACAGGCUCGUCGUUCCAUAUGCUUUUGGAGCCCUGUACAACCAUCCCUUGGAGGGCGUGCUUCUUGACACAGUUGGUGGAGCUUUGGCUUUCCUCGUCUCAGGAAUGUCGCCUCGAGCUUCUAUCUUCUUCUUCUCCUUUGCCACAAUGAAAACAGUCGAUGAUCACUGUGGGCUAUGGCUGCCGGGAAACCCUUUCCAGCUCUUCUUUAAAAACAACUCAGCAUAUCAUGAUAUUCAUCAUCAGCUCUAUGGCACCAAGUAUAACUAUUCACAGCCUUUCUUUGUGAUGUGGGAUAGGAUUCUUGGUACUUACCUGCCUUAUAAAAUUGAGAAGAAAAUGGAAGGGGGUCUUCAAGCACGGCCUGUUAAAGAUUGCAAAGAAAAUUAGCAAAUAUCAUUGCCUGCAAGAAAGCAUGUAUUAGUAUGGGUUUGGUUUAUGUUACCAAAUUCUGUGCUCCAGCGGAUUUGUGAUUUGUAUAUACCUAGAUAUCAUUUUGUUUGUGGUAUAUUGUUGUAUAAUUUUCUCUUCUUGGAUAGAAAUGCUUGAGAGAGAGAAUGAAAGUGGAAGCUUUUUCUUAGA